AUGCUGGGCACCGCCGAUGACCCCGGCCUCACCCCGCGCGCCAUACAGCACGUCCUGCGUACCGUCGAGGCCUCCAAGACGCGCCUCUAUUUGGUCCGCGUUGCCUACGUCGAGAUUUACAACGAUAAGAUCCGCGACCUGCAGAACCCCACCGCCGCCGAUCUCGCCGUGCGAGAGGACAAGGCUGGCCGCGUCUUUGUCGACGCCGCAGAGACGGUUGUCGAAAGUUUGGACGACGCUAUCGCCGUGCUGGAGAAGGGGCAGGCGGUUAGGCAUGUGGGUGAGACAAAGAUGAACGCCCGCAGCUCGAGGAGCCAUACCGUCUUUACCCUCCAGAUUGAGAGCAAAGGCGGCGAGGGCGUCGACCAGAGCUUCCGCGCGAGCUCGCUUAAUCUUGUCGAUUUGGCGGGGUCGGAGCGCCUCAAGUCAACCGGCGCGGAGGGUAUCCGCCAGAAGGAGGGCGCGCAUAUUAACAAGAGCCUGCUCACCUUGGGCACCAUUAUUCACACCCUGUCAGAGCACGCGGGAAAGCCCGGCUCCGUAGGCCAUCUGCCGUAUCGGAAUUCCAAGCUCACCAGGCUGCUGCGCCCCGCCCUGGGGGGGAACGCGAAGACGGCUGUCCUAUGCGCCAUCACGCCGUCCAAGCUGCACGUCGAGGAGACGCUGAGCACGCUCAACUUUGCGGAGCGCGCGAAGAAGGUCACCAACUCGGCCUCGAGGAAUGAGGUUGUGGAUUACCGCUCAAAGUACAAGGAGGCCGCCACCGAACUGGCUGUGCUGCGCGAUCGCUUCACCGCUAUGGAGGCGGAGGUCGCGUCGAUACGUACAGGCGGAGGCGAUACUGGUAGCAUGCCGAAUAGCGCCUCGCUGACCGAGGUUUCGCAGGCGCCGUCGGAGGGCAGUGUCAACCUUGCGUCUGGUGUGGACACAGCCAAUGCUAUUGCUAUGUCAGUCGAGCUGCAGGCGUCGCGGGAGGAGGUAUCGUAUCUCAAGGAGCAUGUGGAUGAGGUCGAGACCGAGAACGAACACCUGCGCGACCAGCUCAAGAAGAAGAGCACAGAGUUUCGUGGUCUGCGCUCCAGGGCCCUCGAACUGCGUUCGGCGGCCAGGAAGGCCAAGCAUAGCGAACGCGCUGUUCGGCGUGCUCUGGUCGUCUCGUUUCGCAAAUUGGAAGAGGCGCGUGAGCAGCUCGACAUUUCACGGAAAAAGGGCGCCCACGUGAAGAUUGCGGAGGGUUAUCUUGGAGAACUCAGCGAGAGCCUCAAGUCGUGGCUUCCAGCCAUGUCAAUAGAAAAGUCGGGAAGCACUGAGUCACUCACCCCGCCCACCAGUGAGGCGCAAGACGACGCCGCGAGCAAGCAAAGUCUGCCGGCCGAUAGCCCCGCAGGGCAUUUUGCUUCAAGCGUGUCUGGGAGCAAGCGCCGGUCAUCAUCUGCGACUAGUCGCAAUGGGCGGCAACGUAUUCAUGAGGGGAACACGUUGCGAGGAACGUCGUCUGUGCGCGCAGUGCGUCGAAAGCCGAGACCACUACCGGAGGAUAUGGUUGCGGACAUCGACGAUUCCGAGGCGGAGACAGACCAUCCUAUGCCGCUUGACGAUGAGGACGAUAUCGAAAACAUGCACGACAGCGCCGAAGAUUUGAAGCUGCCGCCUGGAGAUUUGAAGACGCGAAUCAGCGACGUCACUCGAGACGUUUCCAACAUAGAAAAGCCAAAGAAGAAGCCAAAGGGGUGGAAGGCGUUUAAAAACUUUUAUGGCUACGGCUACACCGAACGGGGAGUUUACGACAAGAUGAUUGCGGGGCACAAGGUGCCUUCUAGUGCGGCUCACAUAUCCGCAUGACCGCCGCGGCUUGCAAAGAACAAUAUUAUUAUUGGAUGUAAAUAUGGUACGUUUAAGGACGGCUCUUUCGAUAGCUUCGUCCCUCUUGCCGUCUUGGUUUUCGAGUUGGAGCAUAUUUCUUUCUCCGGGAGUGUUUCACAAUCGUUUUAGAGCAGGCGAUGUAAACAGCUUUGGGAGAGAAAA